GCGAUAUUUGAAACACAGAUCUAAUUUCCGGGCAAAUGAGUGAGUCUGUUUCUGUCGACUGCUCGCAAAUUCUUGAAUUACCUAUGUGACACAGCCAUUAUUUCUUUUCUAUCUCUCUGUUUAGUCGGAUUAAUUAAUUUUUUUUUAAAACCCCAAAAACAAAGAUUAUUCUGGUUUCCGUUUCAAUACCGAUGUUUCUGCAAGACGUCCGUGCCUCCGCGCUGCCUCUCAUUCAUCCGGCAGAGGAGACGAGCCCGCGUCCGAGGAUACAAUGAAGCAGUGUGUCCUAGUCCGAGACAAUGCAGCAAGAUGCUACGAGAGGACGAUACUGUUUCUCACAAGAUCGGGGACAUUUUUGCUCGAUUGCAGAGAGAGACCAGCUAAAGAAUGAAGCUUUAGCAUCUGCAUGACAAGCUAUGACCAGCAACAGAGACUAGACUCUAGACAUCCAAGUACAAAGCCAGGACUCAAGAAUGAAGACCAAAUAUGCAAUCGUCUUCAUCUGUAUCGUUGCCCUGGUCAUCAUCGAGAAGGAAAGCAAUAUCCUGUCAAGGGUCUCUGAUAAGCUGAUCCAGAGGCAGACUCCUCAGCAGACCCCAACGACUCCACUGAAUUACAGCAACCCAACACAAAAUGGCUCCUUGACGGUGCUCAAAAUGCUGCUUUCUAAACUCACCAGUACCAAAGGGAAUUACUCAAAUUUCUCUGAGGAACAGGCGGAGGAUGAAGUGGAUGACCUGGGCACAUACAGCUACAGCAAUGGCCGUAAGCACAUAUUACUCUUGGCCACCACACGAACAGGUUCCUCAUUUGUGGGGGAGUUUUUCAACCAGCACGGGGAGAAUAUGUUCUACCUGUUUGAGCCCUUGUGGCAUGUGGAGCGCAUGCUGACCAUGGCCGCAGAGGCAAACAAUGGGACAGUGUUGGCAGGAAUCUACCGGGAUGUACUCCAGGGGCUCUUCUUGUGCGAUUUCUCUCCUCUUGAGAAGUUCAUCUCUCCCCCACCUCUGGACCACGUCACCCCGGCUCUUUUUCGAAGAGAGUCUAGUUUAUCGCUCUGCGAAGAACCUGUCUGCACUCCUGUGAUCAAAGAUGUUUUUGAGAGGUAUCACUGUAAGACUCGUCGCUGUGGGCCGCUGAAUUUGACCCUGGCAUCUGAAUCCUGCCUUUCCAAGCAACACCAUGCCAUUAAGACUGUCCGUGUGCGCCAGCUGGACACAUUGCGGCCUUUGGUGGACGACCCUCGCUUGGAUGUGAGAGUGAUCCAGCUAGUCCGAGAUCCACGGGCCAUCUUAGCAUCCCGCAUGGUGGCUUUCUCCUCCAAGUACCAGACGUGGAAGGCCUGGGCGCAGGACGGCCAAGUGCCUGAAGAUGACGAGGAGGUGAAGAGGCUCAAAGGAAACUGUGACCAAAUUAGGAUGUCUGCAGAGGUGGGACUGAGCCGACCUCGCUGGCUGAGGAACCGCUAUAUGUUAGUUCGUUAUGAGGAUAUUGCCCGCUACCCUAUGCAGAAGGCAGAGGAAAUGUACAGGUUCACAGGGAUUCCAUUUAGUCCCCAAGCUAGGAAGUGGAUUCUGAGGAACACCCAGACCACACAGGAAGCUAGCGGGAUUUACUCCACCCAGAAGAACUCAUCAGAGCAGGCAGAGAAGUGGAGGUUUAGCAUUCCCUUUACACUUGCUCAGGUAGUGCAGAGAGUGUGUGGACCCACCAUGAAGCUGUUUGGGUACAGGUUUGUGGAUGACGAAAAGACACUGAUGAAUAAGUCCAUGAGUUUGCUUGAGGAAAGAUUGUUUCACUAGUUUUAAAGUCAUACAUGUAGCUGUGAAUAUGCAGAACUCUGCACGCGACGGAUGGGAGCCAUUAGAAGCCAUUAUUGCACACACCAAAACUAGUAAGCAACGGUGCCAUAAAAGACUAAAUGUUUUACUGGUGACAGUAUUUGGGCCCUACAGUAAUAAUUAUACUCACCAAUGAUGUGCCUCAUUGUAACAAUGAAGAGCCACUUGAUAAAGAAAAGUAUUUAUUUGCAUACCGUGUUCACUGAGGAGCUUGGUACUUAAGCUUUAUGUCAUGCUCUGUGUUUCAUUUAUAUGAAAUAAGCAUAGAUGUCAAGCCUGACAGAUUGCCUGAGAUUAAUAUGUAAGAUUUUAUUGAUAGUUGAUUAUGUUUAGAUCAUCAGGGAUAAACUACAGUGAAAGUGAUGUGUAUGUGUUUUGUUUGUGUGUGUGUGUAUGUGUGUGGAAGAGUGUGUGUUUCUGCUCAUAUGGUUAAUGAAGCUAGUGCUUAAUUCUGCCUUGUUCAACCUGGCUUGUAUUUUAAUAGAUCCGCACUAGACUAGGCAACUGAUAUGAUAACUUUAGAUUAGACCUGAUGUGCGCUGAUAGGGCUUUACAUAACUGACUCAGGUGAAGUGAAUGUUGCAUUGCAUUUUGUGGUGUCUUCAUGAGGAGUAUUCAUAUCCUCUCAACAGUAUACCAUGUGAAAAUAUACAAUACUCUCUGAUGUCUUUAACCAAAUGCCAUUUAAAGCAUUUCUCUUGUGAAAGAAAGAAAUAUACUUUACCUCAGAUACCUUAAUGUGUCUUCAACAUUCAACAAGUGCUGUUUUUCCCCAGUAGCCAUAGUUGUAGUAAUGGAUUUCCCAGUGCUGCUUCUCGGCCUCUAAGUAAACAGGCAGUUUGGGUGUCAUUUUACAAAAGCAGCGUCUCUGGUAAUAACCUGCCGCUUCUGUCGGCAGGCUGCUCAGAAUGACAAGGUGAGAGCUGAUCUGUGUAUGUCAGACAAGUGUGCUCACGGUCACACACGUUUUUUUUUUUUAAUUACUUCCCAUCUUAAAGAAAUAAAACCACCAGAAAAAAGGAAGACAUACAAAAUUCACUUACAAGUUGUGAGAUUCUCGUAUGUUGAUUGUUUUGGUGACAAAUAUAUACAAAGUACGUAUGUAGCUGCAUUAAUGUGGUCUAUCGCUCUCAGUGAGACCCAGGUGCUGCUUCAUUAACUGUCACUCUUGACCGUAUAUAAAGGUAUCCACUGUGACUCUAGUUCAAUAGCAGCAUUGUGUUCAACUUGGCUGAGGCACUGCUGAGACUGCAGUGCCGCUUACGGAAAAGGGGGUAUGCAUUAGAGGUACGUAUAGAAGAGGGCUUAUACUACGUUAGUGUUGAAAACAUGAAUAUGAAUACUCAGAGGCCAUCAGCUGCCCAGAUUCAGUACUGAAGUAUUUAAAAAAAAAAGAAAAGAAGAAGAAAAGAAUGCUGUGAAAUACAAGUGCAACUGAAACAAUGGGUGUAGCAGAGUAUGCAUUCAACAAAUCAGAUACACAGAAUGGCAAUAAUAAUGUGAAAGCAGUACGGUUUUGCAGUUAUUCCUUUGGCAUAAAGAUAAACAGGUAUGUUUGACUGUAAAAAGUUGGUUGUCGGACCGUCAUAGAGAAAUGAUUGUCGUAUUCAAUUAAAUUUUUUCAUGGUGGAAAAAGUAUCAAGUUAAGUCUCAAGUCUUGUCAAAGGAUCCAAAAUAAAACCAUCAAGUCAAGUCACA